CGGGUGUGGCGUGUAGGUAUGACGUAUGCACGUAGGUAUUUGCCCACAGCCCGCCACUUAUGACGUUUAAUAUCUCCAUACACAUUGGCUUACACGGAAGGGCCUAUUAAUAAUGAACAAUUCUUACCCUUUGACUAACAUCUUCAUAAUCUUUUAGAUUCAUCGUUAAACUGCCAAUCGAGGAACACACUAGACACAAAUUAUCUUGACCACCAUGUCGUCGAAUAGCUACAGCUUCAGCUCUUCUACAAUGUCUUUCUCGUCUUCUACUACUCGCAACGGGGAAACCACUGGGUCCCGCUAUGCCGAGCAUACUGCAAGUGACCCGUCGGGCACCACCACUCAAACUGCGUCCCAACGUACCGGCGAGCCCCUCCGUCAUGAGCGCCGCGAGUACGAUGCUUCGGGCCGUCUGGUUUCUUCCUCAGACCGAGCCCUAAACGGGAACGGUGUAAAUGCAGACCGCCGCAUUGAGGAUGUGUCUGACGAACAACGGGAAAACGAUAGACUUUAUGAAGAGCGCAUCGAGGAUGAGUAUGCGAAGAGAGAAGGAGGUGCGUGAAUUAGGAAUUAGGAGAUCGCUUUAGGGUAGAAGAGAUAGCAGAUCAUGUAUACUUGAACAUAAUGAAUCUAGUUUUUGAAGAA